UUUUACCAACCAAACACACACACACACACACAUAUAUAUAUAUUCUGCUCAGUUCGGGAGCCACUUUUGAUUUGAUUUUGAGGUCGUUUCAUAUUAUCACUUCUUUUUUUUUUUUUUUACCAACCAAAAUAUGGAUUUAGAAUCUUCUUCAUCCAAGGUGAAUGGGAAGUAUGUUCAUGGGCCUUCUUCAUCUUCCAAACGCAUGAGCAGAAGGAACAAAUGCUUGUUGGUGACUUUUGCGGUAAUAUUGGCGGUGCUUCUUCUAAUGGUGAUUUUGGGACUCACCGUCUUCAAGCUCAAGAAUCCCGUCACCACUGUUAACUCCAUCUCUCUGAAGGAUCUCCAGCUCGGGCCCACAUCACAGCUGAAUAUGACCGUCGAUGUCAAUCUCUCCAUUAAAAACCCUAACAAAGUCGGGUUCAAGUACACCACCAGCUCUGCCUUGUUGAAAUACAGAGGCGAACUGGUCGGAGAAGGGCCGAUCCCGGCUGGGGAGAUAUCGUCCGACCAAACCCUCUCUAUGAAUAUCACUUUCAUGGUGUUGGCGGAUGAAUUGCUCAACAAUUCCAAUGCGGAUGACUUCUUCGGUCCAUUGCCUCUCACCGCCUACACUCGACUUUCCGGCCAAGUUGGUAUCUUGGAUAUAAUCAAAAUUCAUUUAGUUUCAUCUACCACCUGCGAUUUGACCAUUAAUGUUGUGACUACAACUGUUGCCAAUCAAACUUGUCACUAUAAAACCAAAUUAUAAACUUGUCACAUCUGAUGAUGCCGACUUAUCUAGUCCUUAUAUGUGCGCUUGUCUUUCUCAUUCUUUUUUUUCAAUCGUCUGUUUUUUUUUUUUUAAUGUACCGUUCUUCCCUUCAUAUAUGACAAUAAAAGGUUUCGUAUCAACCCCAAUUUUUUAAGUAGUGAGAAAAUUCUGAAUUUAAAUACCUGAUCUCAUUCAUAUUCCCAAAACAUUAAACUCGUAGUAUUAAUGUUGUGUUGGUUGUAUGCAGCAGGCGUUAGCUUCUAGAUUUCGGUUGCAGAGUCCUAAGGAAGAACUUUACUUGAAAUAUUACUAUAAUUUAGUGAGCCAAUGUAAAAACAAGUGUUGUUAGUCAUUGAAAAGCGACCAAUGUUUUGAUGUUUUCAACUGAAUGAUUGCAACAGAGUGACCGUGAUUGGUGCAACCAAUAAAACUUUCAACUAAUGAAUGAUUGCAACAUAGGUUGUUUUUACUCACAAACUGAGCGUUUUCACAUGAACUAGGUGGUUGUUACCUUAAAGAAUCCAAGUCCUUAGUCCAUAGCAGGAAUUGACUUUUUUUUUCUUUUCUUUUUUUCUUUUUAUUUUUCUUUUUCUUCAAUCGGAUAGCGGUUUUUGCACUACUGUGAGUGAAUUUCCUGGUACUGGCAUCUUCAUCCGUAUAGCUCGGCCCAAUAAGCAAUUAUCAUAAAAAAUUCAUGUAAAUUAAGGGUUUGUAGAUUUAUGGGAUAUUCAUGAGGUUUCUCUUGAACCCCGACUUCUUUUUGGGAGAUGAGAGAAAUAUCGUUAGGUCAGUGGGUUUGAGUUUUAAUGAAAAAUAAAGUUCAAUCUUAUUGACUUACUCCAAAUAGUUGUGAAGAUAUUUCAUGGAAAGAAGGAAGAGG